AUGUCAGUUUAUGGUGCAUUUUCAAACUCAGAGAUAAUUCCUAACCGUGCCGACAGGGUCCGGAGGCGAUCGGCCCCAACUCCCACGGAUGACGCUGAGCAAAAUAAUUCUCCCAGGCGGACCAGAAAUAUUACUGGACCACAAUCGGCCUUGACGGACUUUUUAGCUGCGCAUAACAUCUCAGCAAGACAGAUUCGUGAUCUUGCCGAUUCCCGGCGACAGGCCGCAGCGAACCAGACGCGCGAAAACGGUGAUUCAUCGGCAGUAGCGGAGUCGAGUACUACUGCAAGCCAACAUGCGCCUGCUGGCAAGAAUGCCACCAAGAAGCAAAAGGAAGAACGAAAGGCCAUCGAGAAGAUCAAGGCUAGCAAAUCAUUCAAGAAGCGCAAGAGGCGCGGCAACGACGAUGAAGACGAGGAUGACCUUGCGCGAGCCAUUUUUGAGCAAAGCCAUGCGCCCUUACCUGGCCAGAUGGACAACUGUGAAAUUUGUGAAAAGCGCUUUACCGUCACCCCGUAUUCUGUGGCUGGGCCCAACGGGGGUUUCCUGUGUGCUCCCUGUGGCCGCGAGAUAGCCAAAGAGCGAGAGGGACAGAAACCGAAAAAACAGCCUCGCAAGCAAACGGGCGGAAUUGGGGCACGUCGAGCCACGCAAAGCCGAAUUCUCGACGGUGAUGUGGGAACUAAGAGCCUGGCCACGCUUUGCGUUCAAACUCUGGCAAAGAAUGUGGACAUGGCCGAGAGCUUGGGUGAUCUACCGCAACACCUCAUUGACAAAAUUGGGCGCAUUCUUUCAAAGCGCCGACUACUCAAGCCAGAGACUCUACCGCUUUUCGUUCGUCCGAAUACCGAUGUACUGCACAUCUAUGACGGUGCUAGGCUGGGUGAAAAUGACCUCAUGAGCAUUUUCCAAGUAGCGACCAAGUUAAGACACUUCAAAGUGCGCUGUGCGAUUCAGUUCAAGGACGAAGUAAUGGACUACCUGCUAUCACGCGAUACUUGCCUGGAAACAUUUUAUCUGCAUGGUGCAAAUUUGCUGAGUGAAGCAAAAUGGCACGAGUUUCUGGCUGCGAAGGGUGCCGAGCUUCGAACGCUUCAGGUUUACUACACGGAUUUGCACUUUGGAGAUGACACCAUUGUUGAGCUAAAAAAGCACUGCCCACGACUGCAACGGCUCAAAGUGGCAAACAAUCAGAAACUUACUAGCAAAGGUGUCAAGGCAAUCAGCGCCCUCACCUCCCUUGAACAUCUCGGCCUUCAACUUCACCACAAAAUCGCAUCAGCAGACCUGACCGAGUGUAUUGCUGGCGUCGGUGCAAAUUUGCAGACAUUGUCAUUGAAGAUUUUUCCAGACGCCGGAGACGAAGUUUUGAUGGCAAUUCACAACCACUGCCGAUCGCUCACCAAGCUACGAAUCACGGAUAGCGAAGCUAUGACUGAUGCCGGCUUUGUGAAGCUUUUUACCGGGUGGGAAAACCCCGAGGUGGCAUUCAUUGACCUUCAAAAGUGUCGGCAGAUCGACGCUGCUCGUCCGCGCGAGAAUCCGGAGAAUAUAGGUCUUUGCAGUGAGGGAUUCAAGGCACUCAUGGCGCAUUCUGGGCCGAAAAUCCGACAUCUCAAUAUCCAUGCCUGCCGGCACAUCUCGCGCGAGGCCUUCGAGGAGGCCUUUAGAGAACACACAUUGUAUCCGGAGCUACGCUCAUUGGAGAUUAGCUUUUGCGAAGAGGUGACGGAUUUUAUUUUGGGCAGUAUAUUCCGAGCCUGUCCAAACAUUAAGGACGUCAACGUGUUUGGAUGCAUGAAAAUCAAGGAUGUCUUGGUUCCACGAGGUGUAGUUCUGGUUGGCGUGCCGAAUGCAUUGGGUAUGGUGACAGAGGGCAUUCACUAG